UGAAAAUGUUCUGGAAUUAGUAGGGAUGGUUGCACAACUCUGUGAAUAUUAAAAACCACUGAAUUGUAUACUUUGGUUAAAAUGUGGGCGCUGCCCAGAGCGCCAUCAGCCCCCGGGCGUUAUGGCAGUUCCGCGGCAUGAUCAAGUGCACGAUCCCCGGCAGUCACCCCUUGCUGGAUUUCAACGACUACGGCUGCUAUUGUGGCCUGGGUGGAUCAGGGACCCCUGUGGAUGAACUGGACACGUGCUGCCAGACACACGACAACUGCUACAGAGAAGCCAAGAAACUAGACAGCUGUACAUCCCUCUUGGACAAUCCCUACACUGAAAGCUACUCAUACUCGUGUUCUAACACUGAGAUCACCUGCAACAGCAAAAACAAUGACUGUGAGGCCUUCAUCUGCAACUGUGACCGCACUGCUGCCAUCUGCUUCUCAAAGGUCCCGUACAACAAGGAGCACAAGAACCUGGACACCAAGAAGUACUGUAAGGGCUGAGUAUCGUCCCAGGAAAUUGUGAUUCCCUACCAGCCCCAUGGCUUUCACCUUACACCAUG